CAGUCCAGGCCCCUCCCUGAGCGCUGGCCGCUGGUCUGGACGGGGCUUAUCGGGGAUGAUCAAAGAGAAGGGUCUCUGCGGGGGCCAGGGCUUCCUGAUUGUGGGUGCUCUAGAUCUGUCCCUUCCCGGCCUCAGUUUCCCCCUUUGUAAAACGAUUGGAGUUUGGCGCAAGGACCUCCGAGGCCCCUUCAGCUAUAAUCAUAACCAGCGUUUAGUUAGCAUCGUAGUUCCUCCCUUUGAGGCGCUGUGAGCCCCAUUUUACAGAUGAGGAAACUGAGGCAGAGUUUAAGGAACUUGCCCAGGAUUGCACAGCUGCUUAGCAUCCGAGGUCAGAUUUGAACUCUGGGACCCUGGGUGCCGGCCAUCCCUGGCCAAGAUCCUUCCCCAGCCUAGCCCUGCUGGCUAGAGCCAAUGCCUGCCCCCUCCCCCUCCUCUGGGGCCAGGUCCCUGGGUGGAGCCUUGGGGGAGGGCUGGUGGGCGGGGCUGCCUGAGUCAUGGGGCUUGAGUCAGGCCCUGGCCUAGAGGGUGGUAGCAGCUGCUGCCUGCUGGGCCUUUGGGGGCUAGUCUCUCCAGCAUCAGGUGCCACUCUCUUGCCCACCAUGAGUCUGGAGAUCCAGUGUGAGGACCUGAGCAGUGCCCGCUGGACAGAGAUCCUUCCGUCCAUGAAGCAGUAUGGCGUCAUUCGGCUCGAUGACUGCGGCCUUACCAAUGCCAUGUGUGCCAACAUCAGCUCCGUGCUCCAGGCCAACGCGUCCCUGACUGAGCUCAGCCUGCCCAAUAAUGAGCUGAAAGACGAGGGGGCCCAGCUGGUGCUGCAGGGUCUGCAGAACCCGGCCUGUAAGAUUCAGAAGCUCAGUCUGCAGAACUGCAGCAUCACCGGCGCCAGCUGCGAGCUGAUCCCGGCGCUGCUCCGCACCAAGUCCACCCUGAAGGACCUUCAGCUCAGCGACAACCACCUGGGCGACGAGGGCGUCCGGCUGCUGUGCGAGGGCCUGCUGGACCCCCAGUGCAGCAUGGAGAAGCUGGAGCUGGAGUACUGCGAGUUCACCACGGCCAGCUGCGAGGCGCUGUCGUCCGUGCUCAAGGCCAAGGGCUCGCUGCAGGAGCUGACCCUGAACAACAACGAGCUGGGCGACGCCGGCGUGGCCCUCCUGUGCCAGGGCCUCCUGGACCCCAACUGCAAGCUGCAGAUGCUCAGGCUGGAGGGCUGCGGCAUCACCAGCGCCGGCUGCAAGGAGCUCAGCACCGUGCUGCAGACCAAGGAGUCGCUGCUGGAGCUGUGCCUGGGGGAGAACAAGCUCGGGGACGCCGGCCUGGCGCAGCUCUGCGAGGGCAUCCUCAGCCCCAGCUGCCGGCUGCAGACCUUGUGGCUGUGGGAGUGUGACAUCUCCGCCGAGGGCUGCCAGGCCCUGGCCCGGGUCCUCAAGAGCAAGCCCAGCCUGAAGAAGACGAGCCUCAUCUGCAACCAGCUCGGGGACGAGGGGGCGCAGCAGCUGUGCCAGGCGCUGCUGGACCCCGGCUGCCGGCUGGAGGAGCUGUGGCUGCGGACCUGCGGCUUCACGGUGGCCAGCUGCGCCCACUUCUGCGCCGUGCUGGAGAAGAACCGGACCCUGAAGGAGCUGCAGCUGAGCAACAACGCCCUGGAGGACGCCGGCCUGGAGCAGCUGGCCAAGAGCCUGAUGCACCCCGACUGCACCAUCCAGAGCCUCUGGCUGGGCGACUGCGAGUUCUCCGAUGCCUGCUGCACGGCGCUGGCCUCCGUCCUGCUCGCCAACCACACCCUCAAGGAGCUGGACCUCAGCAACAACGGGCUGGGCGACGUGGGCAUCCUGCGGCUGGUGGGCAGCCUCAAGCAGCCGGCCUGUACCCUGGAGCAGCUGGUGCUAUUCGACAUCUACUGGACGGAGCAGGUGGACGAGGAGCUGAACGCCCUGAAGGACACCAAGCCUUCCCUGCGCAUCAUCUGCUGAGGGGGCCGCUAGGGCACCUCGGGGUGGGGGUCCCCACGCUGCUCCCCACUUCAAUAAAACCUCUUUUGCACCCA